CCCCCAUUCCUCUCCAAAACCCUAAUCUCUAUACUACCUAUUUGUGCUAGCGCUCGAUUGCCUGGGGAUGCCAAUAUUUUCGCGGGGUGAUGCCUCGGUAAUCAGCUGAGGAUAUGCGCUGCUCUAGUGCUCUGGCGUUCGUGGUCCCACCCCCUGAUGACAUCUUCUCAUGCUCACUUCUGUACUUUUCCUCAAGGAGCAUCUAGCAACCUCUUGCUUACUCCUAGGCGGCUAUGCAUUGAACGUCAAAUCUUUUCACAGAGCUCUGUCCAGACUUAUGCUCUUCCAAGGAAAGAAUUUGCUCCGAUAACUCAAGAUGUGGAAGGCUUCCUUCACAAUGUUGUUAACAUGGGAUUUCUUGACCGUCUGAAAUUAGCAUGGAAGAUAAUCUUUCCUGCACCAACCAUUAAAGAGAACUCCAAUGCAAACAUCGCGAAACAGAGGCUUAAGAUGAUUCUGUUCUCCGACAGGUGUGAAGUCAGUGAUGAAGCGAAGAAAAAGAUCGUGGAGAACAUCGUUGAGGCACUAUCUGAAUUUGUUGAGAUAGAAUCACGGGAUAAUGUCCAAGUUGAUAUCUCAACCGAUGCUGGCCUUGGCACUGUGUACUCUGUAACAGUUCCUGUGCGCCGUGUGAAGCCCGAGUACCAGGAAUCUGAAGAGCAGUACAGAGGGAAGAUCGUUGGUGUCGACUUUAAGGACACUGGAGAGUCAUCAGGCAGCGUUGACGUCACCUUCGGCUUCUAUGUACCCAACCAAAACUGCUAAUUCCUUGUAUUUCGACCAGAAAGUGCUCUGCUAUGUUUCAUUUUAUUUUAUUUUUCUGCAUCUGUGGACCCUUUGCGUAGAAAGCUAGAAUUUUCUCCAGCGUGAUGUAAAUAUCUAGGAUUCCUUUUCAUUCCACGUCUUGUAACUUGGUUCUGGAAUUUAGUUGUAGAGCUGGCAGACAUCUGUAAAUCCAGAUUCUUUGAGAAAACAAAAUCUGUUCCAUUUACGAAGAAAUAAUAACAACCUGUCACUAUUUUCGCCAA